CGCUCCUAGCCCUCUUACGGAUAACACGCGUGCAGUUCCCGACAGCAAAGUCAGUGGUCGCCAAACUGUGUCAAUACGAUUUUAAUUUAUUAAUUGCUAAAAAUAAAAAACAGUUAAUAUGCUUUGUGCUCGGUGUCAUAGUGAAGUGAAUGACUGUGCCCAAUGCACUACGUGCAAUAAUUUAAUUGGUUUUUGUUGUGCCGGAGUAACUGAAAUGGGCUACCGUAAACUGGGUUCGCGUAAGGCCCAGUGGAAAUGUCCCGAUUGUCGAGUUUUGGAGCAGUCAUCGCCGUUAAAAAGUGCCGAGGCUGCUUCACUUGAUUCUAUCAUGCAGGAACUAAAAUCCAUCCAGCGUCAGCUUGAAGGUAUGCCGGGCCUUGUGCGAGAUGUCAAGGAUAUAAAGAAGGAAAUCGACGAGCUCAGAAAAGCCUGUGAUUUCAACAGCGCAUCACUAGAUGACCAUAAGAAGCGGUUGGACAAAACUGAGAGCAAAUUAUCGGAAUUGACGAGUAUUAAAGGCGAUAUUCAGUCUAUAAACAAAGAGCUGGACACCCUCAAGGGCGAUAAUUUAAGUAAGGACCAGUGGCAGCGUCUUAACAACGUUGAGAUAAAAGGAGUACCCCAAAGGCAAAACGAAGAUUUGUUCAAAAUCCUCGAUCAGAUAUCAAUAGCGAUUGGCUACCCAGUCCAGAAAACAAGCGUUAAUUACAUUUCUCGGGUGCCAACAUACAAUAAUAAGGAGAAACUGAUCAUUGUAGGAUUUAUCCACCGCUACGUAAAAGAGGAUUUUGUCGCUUCUGCUCGUGCAAAAAAGAAACUUAUUGCUAGCGAAAUCGGCUUGGUUGGGAACGCGCAGAAUAUCUUCAUAAACGACCAUCUAACCCCAGAUUACAAAAAGUUGCUUACCUCUGCAAAGACGUCACUAAAGCCGAAAGGUUAUAUGUAUAUAUGGGUGAAGUACGGGAAAAUACACGUGCGGAAGGACGAUGCGUCAAAAAUAUUCGUUAUUAAUAAUCAGGCAGAUUUAAACAAACUAUUGUAGUGUGUGAUUAUUAUAAAUUAGUACUACACUAUUUAAAAACACAUAUUUUCUAUGCGGUUUAUUUUCCUAUAGAUUAUAGUAAAACUUUGAGAACCGUACGCUCUGUGGAAUGCUGUUUGUUAUCGCUGCCUAUUGCCCGGCCUGUCACCUGCGCUUAUUACUCGUAUUACCAGAAUGCGUUUGAUGUUUAUGUUAUGCUAAAUAUGUUUGUCUCCUUUUUGCUUAUAGCCAAUUAUUGCGCUUACGCGUCUUACUAUUGUUACUGCUUGCCUUGUCACACUUAUGGAACAGUUUCUAUGCUUGGUUGGGAUUAUAAAUUUCUAUACGUAAAUAAUUUACUGUUAUUGCUAAGUACCUUGUAUAAAAAUGAGGAAAAUUAUAAAUUUAACACUA